AUGGAUAGCGUGGAGUACCUGGAUCCAGACUUUGACCCCCACAAGGUGACUGUGCCGCGUCUGAGGUCGAUUCUCAUUGACCGACAAAUUGACUACCCGUCCAGCGCAAAGAAAUCUGAGCUGAUUCAGCUAUAUGAAGAGUAUAUUCGCCCUAACGCGGCCAAAUGGCUCGAAGAGUACAAGAAAAGUAUUGAAACUAGCGUGGAGAUAGAAGAGGCCAACUCGUCGCCCAAGAAGAGCGCGAAAAGCUCCAGAAACUCAACUCCCGACAAAAGAUCGCGCAGAAGCCUGAGUCCUGCCCCAGACCAGACUGUCCCGCAAAAACGAGGCUCUGAGGCGGCCACUCCUAGAAGGAAGAAACUGCACAGAAGGAACAGGAAUGCGGAAGAGAGUGCCGUCUCCGACGAUGCUGAAUCGCCUACUGUCAGUAGAAUGGAGGAAGGAAAACCCAAUAAAUCCAUUAAGUCGCCACUGUCUUUGGAGAAGUUUGAGUCUGAAAGUCCGGUUGAGGAGGGCGACAUUUCCGACAUUCUUGCUAGGCUUGUGAGUCCCAAAAAGGAGGAACCAAAACAGGAGGUAAUCGAAACGCAGAUGGAGAAUACAUUCGAGGUGGUCGAGAACGUUCAGGUUCCUUCUUUUCUUGACGAAAUGCUGGCGGGACCUGAUAGGAUUCUUGAUAAUGACAGUGGAGACGAUGAGCGCACGAUAGCAAGCGCCGCAAAAACGAUGGAGAAGGAACUACUUUCAGAUCAUGACAGCUCGGACACGGAAGUAGAGGAAGUAGAGGUCAAAGUGCGUGAGAGCGAGGUGUGCGAGGUUGUGGAAAUUGAUGGCGAACAGCAAACAGAGACCGUGGAGACAGAGACGACAAAGGAGACUGUCACUGUGAUUGAGUCUCCUGCUGAGGUGGAGUCAAAGCCAGCUCAGAAACGGCAUUACAAAUAUGCGCUUCUGCUGCUACCAAUUUUAUCGUCGCUAUUUUUGUACCGCUCGAUGGCCCUUGACGUUGGAUUCUGUGGUCGGGAAGGCGAGAUAAGGAGUGUGCGGUCGUACCUGCCCACAGAGAAUCCAUUGUGGAUGCAGUUCGCAAACAAAGCUGACGCGCUUUUGGAGCAGAUCAAGCCGCAAUGCGUUCCGUGUCCCGAGCACGCUAUUUGCAAGUACGACUCGAAACUUGAAUGCAAGAGCGGCUACACUGUUUCCAGACCGUGGCAGUCGCUCUUGGGCUUAAUUCCUCGAAUGGAGCAAUGCAUUUAUGACGAUAAACGUCUCGAGAAGAUCAAACUAAUGACCGAGUUUACGCUGGAUAUUCUGCGUCGCAAGAACGGUAAGGAGAUGACUCUGGAGGAGCUGCACAACUUUCUCAAGGCCACCAAGUCGGCCGGCAUGGCUGACGAGGACUUUGAGGAGUACUGGCUUCGGUUUGUGACGGAGGAGAUCUCAAAGGAGCCGGAGAUCAAGGUGGACUUUACCACGAGCUCGAUCUCGAUCGAGAACAAGAUCCCCACGCAGUUCCUCACACGGACGCCAGGGGCCAGGCGGGCCAAGAAGUCGAAGCUUUUCCAGCGGUAUCCGCUUCCGACGUCGACCUUUGGCGGCUUUUCUGCGUAUGGUAAUUAA